UUGGCCCUCGUUCGACUUGACGCGGACAGGAGCGACCAGUCGGUGUUUGUUCGACGAUUGCUGCUGGAUAAAGCGCCUAUACUUCGCGAGUUAGCGUCAAGACGUGGUGAGACUCCCGCUCAUUUGGCCGUCGCUUUUGGAGAAUUUCAAGUGGUUGAACUACUGUUGUCGGGUCGAUCAAAGCACGUCAAGAAAACUGCACUGACCAGGGACUGCAAUGGCACAUCCAUCAUGAUUGCCGCUGUUACCUCUGGGAACAACGAAAUUGCUUUAUGGUUAUUGAAACAUUUCGGCAAAGACCUGACUUCGCUUCCGAACAUCUACGGAAUCACUCCAUUACACGUGGCAGCGUCUCAAGGUUGCACACCAUCUGCAUAUGCAGUACAAGGCGGGUUCCUGAAUGUGUUGGAAUACCUGGUUGAAACGGCACGAGCAGAAUUGGGAUGCAUUAGUGUGAAAGGUCAAUCUCUUCUUCACAUCGCAUCUCUGUGUGGUGACGAGAAAAUCGUGCAAUGGAUUCUGAAUCGCUCUGGGACUCACAUGACACUUUUGACAACUGUGGACAAUUCCAAUGCUCUGCAUUGUGCUGCUUACUGUGGUAGUGUACCGGUGUUGCGUAUACUGCUAGAACCAUGGUCUCGUAAGAAAAGGAGGAUCAUUUUGGCUCUGAAAGACAGUCGUGGGAAUACACCUCUUCAUCUGGCAACUAUAAACGAACACACGGGAGCAGUUUUAUUUCUGCUCAACUCGGACGCGGACGUGGAAGCAAUCAACGCUUGUGGUUUCAGCCCCCAAGCCAUUGCCCUCAGGAAAGGCAAUCAAGACUUAGCAACCCUCAUCGGUGAAUAUACCGGUAGGAUAGACGGAACAAAAAGGAUUUCCCAAGCUGAGAACUGCACCAAGAAUGAGAGCAGCUCCUUGAAAGAAGCGACAGAUAUAGCAGCUGGAGGAAGUUUCACGGAUUUAAUGAAAGACCUUGACGACGAAACCUGGACCGGAAUGGGACUAUCAGCUGUUGAGCAGAUCGACAGAGUCCUCGAUGAGAUCGAACUUCUUGGCAGAUGA